CUUGCGCACUGUACCUACAUCUUCCCGCCUUCCCAAUGGACCUUUCAUCCCAUCUUGAAAGUUAGUCCUGAGUCAGAUCUAGUUUCAUGUUUGCGAGUAGUGAACCUGCGCUUUUCUGGCAUAGCUUAGGCCAUCUCGAUUCUAGUUGUCACACAUCAUUUGAACUUUCAACUCGACUCCUAAACCACCCUGCUUCCUUCUUCCAUCCAAACAAUCACCUAAAUUUUCUCACCCUUUUCUACUUCUUUUAAUUAUCGGAUUUCAUCUUCCUUCACAGGUUAAUCAAUUUUCACUGUUGAUUGCUGUUGAUCACCUCGUGUCAUCCAUCAUCAUCUUUCACCCACUCUACUUCGUCUUAGAUCACUCAGCUAUUCAACCCAUAUUUCACGUCUCUUUGACUUGCACGCAUUGAAAUUCACCACACUCUUCACCAUGCCUCCCAAUUCCUUCAUGGAAUGGGUGGUUGGUCAGAAUGUGAUCCCUCGACCGAAGGACUAUGCACGAUCAAGGGACUACACGGAACGUCGACGCCGAUCUGUUUUUGCACUAGAACUUGACACGGAUGAUAUAAACCAAACUGACACCAUUAAGGUGACCUACCCAAGAACUGGACGGUCGUCAUCCAACCCAUACAACAAACAGACCAAUGCCCCGAAAUCCGUUCGGUUUGUCGAGAACGGCCGCUUGAUAGGAACCCCGAAAAUAGGAGUGGAAACCAAGCCUCUACUCAAACCGCACACAGAUGCUUGUCUGAACUCGGGUACCAACGGCAAUCAAAAGAUGAUAGAGGAGGAAGUAAUCAUGGAUUGUCCCUGUGCCGAUUGUACUGCAGCACAAAAGAAGGCCGAGUCAUUGUUAGAUGAUAUCAACAAAAGUGCAGCUGCCGUGCAUGCUCGCCAUAAGGCAAAUAUAGCUGCAAAGGAAGCUGCAAGAGUGGCCAUGAAGACAGAACCGAUCAAGCCCAAGCCGAACGUCAAGAAGCAGAAGCCUAAGCCCAAGGCUAAGAAAAGCAAGGAGAAGUCCAACAGCGAGGCUAAAAUGACCAAAGUCACGAUAAUUGAGUCUGAGACAGAGGUCGAAGCCGAUACUGAGUCCGAGUCUGAGUCCGAGGAGGAGGAGGAGGAAGAGGAAGAGGAAGAGGAAGAGGUCCCGAAGAAGAAGGGAGCCAAGAAAAGCAAAGCCAGCGAGCAGAAGCCUGAAAAGGUCACCAAAAAAAUCCAACAGGAUAAGAAAGGUGAUCAGAGCAAGAAAGAAAAACAGGGCGAAGAGGAUUCAGCGACGAGUCAGAAACGGGACAAUAAGGAAGAUGGGAAGUCCAAGCAAUCAGCAAGCACGGUUGGCGAUGGUGGACUCGCUUUUGAGGUAGCCAUGAAGUAUAACACGGAAAGGCUGAUCAGAAAAGAAGUAGAGAGGAUCAAGGCUAAGGCUGAGGAAGAAGAGGCUAAAGCUAGAGAAGAGAAGGCUAAAGCCAAUGAAGAGGAAGCCAAGGCUGAGGAAGAAAAGGCUAUAGCCAAGGCCAAGGCCAAAGCUAGAGCUAAGGCUAAGGCUGAAGCUAAAGCUGAGGCUAAGGCUGAGGCUAAGGCUAAGGUCAAAGCUGAAGCUAGGGCUGAGGCUGAAGCUGAAGCUGAGAAGCAACUUCCUUCUCGCAAUCCACGGCCCGACAAUCGGCAUGUGAGCUUCCUCCUACCAAGCCAGUCUCGUGUAGUGCAUGUUGAGCAUUCUUACAAAGAACCUGGCGACCCCCAUCCCAAUGCCUUCUAUGACAAUAGAAACGACAUUAUGCGUCUGUACUAUAGACCAGCUUAUGGAAACCCGAACGCGGCCGGUAACAUUUACGACAACCAGCCAUUCCCCAUCGGUACAACACAUCCACUAGAGAACCCGUAUUAUAACGGAUUCAAACCUACCCCCUAUCCAGGACAUGUGCCUCGGACAUAUUACCCAUAUGACCACAGUCCUGCUGGUGCGCCACCUAGCCCGCCUCGAGAGUCUCAGUGGUUUAGGGGAAAUGGCACUAUCCGCGUAGGAAAGACUCCAGACUAUGAGAACGAUUUCGACCGAGAAAAUUACGAACGAGAAGUUCGAGAUGCUAACCUAUCAGCAACCAACUCGGCUAAAGACAGCCCAGUGUCGAAGAAUAGCGAUCGAGUUGGACGAUCAAAUGUCGCUCCGGACGUCAAGGUUAACAACGGAGGAGCUCGCGACACUGAAAACGUCCACGGCCCGCAGAAACGCUCAAGGUCUAGAGAUGGGAGCCAGAAUGGUGGAAAAGGUGGUACUAAGGAAGAACCAGUACGGCAAGUGCUACGCGAUAUUAUGGUGAAGGAAAAGGCCGAAAUGGCCGCGAGAGCUGGCAAUAACGUCGCUAGUCCCACUGCCAACAGCAACCAUUCGGGCGGAAGCCACCCUUGGGGAGUAGGCGGCGACACGAAGUCUCGCGGAUCUGGUAGUAACAAGGGUGGUAAAGACAGCGAGUGGGGCCCAGUUGGUCUAUCAAAUAACGAUCGCCUGGAUGAAUGGGGUAAUGGGAGCAUUCGUAACUGGGAUAACUGGGGUGGCGGAAGCAACGCGAGUGUUCACAGCGGAUCUAACCGCAGCAACAAGUCCAGCAGCAGCUCUAAAGCUAGCAGUACGCACAGCAAAGUAAGGCAAUCUGUACCUGGCGGUUGGGUUAGUCCAACAAAAUCAGAGAUGUCUACUUAUUCGAGACCUCCUGGCACGGCCCCAGACAACGUUGGCCCAGAUCUGACCAGCUCUAAGAAGACAUCAGAAGGCAUUUCCACGGACGAGAAGGCUGGUAAACACAAGCACCGGAAGAACAAGAACAAGAAUAAAUCAGGCUGGAAAGACACCGGUGUGGCCCAGAGCUCCGGCGGCGUCUUCGACGAGGAUGAUGACAAUGGUGGCAGACAUUGGGACGAGGGCAGGAAAGAGGGUCGGGGCCAAUCAGAGUGGUAGGGCAGGUUCGAUUUAGGUCUUCCUUAUGUAUGGCUCCAGGCAUGGAUCUUCCUUGCCGUGGUCUUCUGUUUCCGAACGGAACCUCUCAGAAGAUUUGGGAACUAGGGGCCAAUCUCAGUUUCACUGGAAGCUCAUUCACUACUCCAGUCCCGUUUCCUAUCUGACGUAUUCGAGUUCGGGGCGCUUUGGCGUUUAUAUACCCGGAUAUACUGGCAGGAACACCUGCACACAUGUCAGAGAUGUUGCGGUCAUAUUUAGGAUGAUCCGUAACGUGUUUAGUUAUACAUCGGCACAGGCGGUAUGCAAGACCGCUUGGUAAAGGUGGAGGAAGAGUCGU